AUGUUAGGGGCAUCGAGACCAAAAGUUGUGUUGUUUGGAUCCUCCAUUGUUCAAUAUGGCUAUUACGAAGGUUGGGGAGCUACUCUUUCUCACUUGUAUGCUCGUAAGGCUGACAUUGUUGUGCGAGGAUAUGCUGGUUGGAACUCAAGGCGUGCUUUGGAGGUUUUGGAUAUACUUUUUCCCAAGGAUGCCAUAGAGCAACCAUCAUUAGUGAUUGUGUACUUUGGUGGCAAUGAUUCUACUAUAGCAAACCCAUAUGGCAUUGGUCCUCAUGUACCUCUAGAUGAAUACAAGGAAAAUAUGAGAAAGAUUGCUAUUCAUAUGAAGUUUGAUACAAAUCCUAAUAAUUCACAGCACCUUUCUGAGAAAACCCGCACUAUAUUUCUCACUACUCCUCCCAUCAAUGAAGCACAAAUCCCAAACAACAGAGAUCCACAGGGGCUGCCAAUGAGGACAAAUGAAGCAUGCAGAAUUUAUGCAGAAGCAUGUUUGGAGGUGUGUGAUGAGAUGAAUGUGAAGGUGGUUUGGUCAUUUCUUAGUGAUGGAAUUCACUUGACAAAUGAGGGAAGCAAGAUAGUAACAACAGAGAUCUUGAAUGUGCUUAAAGAAGCAGAGUGGGAACCUAGUCUUUAUUGGAGAUCAAUGACAAGUGAUUUUGGAGAAGAUUCACCAUAUGAUGUAGUUCAACCUGAUGGAAAGACAACUAUUAAUCUCAUCUCAAAUUCUGUCUUACUCAGUCGCACCCUCGUCCUUCAUCAUGCCCUCUACUUCACUCUUCCUUCAUAUGCCUCCUCCCUCACCCUUGCUUCCGAUUCUCACUCUGGUCAUAGGAUCCAUCGAUGUCAUCUUUGA